AGCUGUUGUUGGUCCACGUGGUUUGGACCACCUUAGGGAAAAGUGCAAUGACAUGUGGAGAAAGGAGAAAGGGAGGGCUGGAAGCAGUGGGGCUCCAUCAACCUAUAUAUGCGGCAACCCAGCUGUGCCUCUUGCCCCUCUCUGCCAGGGACCUCACCUUGGUCUGGAAGGGGGUCUGUCCCUUGAUCGGUCUGCAGCAUGGCUUGUCUCCUGUGGUUGCUCCUGGUGGUCCCUGAUCUUGCAGCUCCUCUUCGGUGGGACACUUCUCCGUUCAUCAUCUCGGAGAGUGACCGGGGAGAGUUGUCAUGUCCGAUGGAGUGUCCUCAUGAGCGUGGCCGGCCCAUCUGUGGCUCCGAUGGGAGGCUCUAUAAAUCUCCGUGUACUUUCCAAAGAGCUCGGUGUCGGGACGCUUCUCUUGAAGCCUUGCCUCGCUUCCGUUGUGGUGGGGCAGCUCACCGAGAGCCCAACAGUACCAAUCUCACCCGCUGCCAAGAAGACCGGAUGACUGCCCUAUCACAGUCCCGGCGCCAAGCUCACGCAACUUACGUCCCAGAAUGUGAUGAAGAUGGCUCCUUCCAUCAGGUCCAAUGCCAUAAACAAACGGGGUACUGCUGGUGCUCUACACCCGAAGGGAAGCCUGUCAGUGGAACAUCUGUCCUCAAUGGAACACCAAACUGUACAGGAUCUUACACAGUACGGACUUCAUGGCAAGAUCCCAACUCUUCUCGGAGAGUUGCCUUCGACCUCUUUUCCUCCCUGAACGCAGAAGAAGGCGCCCGGCCCCGGCCCACCCAGCCAAGCCCUCUGCCCCACAGGCAAGAAGAAGGGACUUCCUUGCCUUUCUUGAUUCCUAUCAUCAUCCCGGAUUUCAAACCCAACCGGACCGUGAAACAGGUUCAAGAGUACCCACCUUCAUGUGAGCAGGAAAGACGUGAAGCCAUUGACGAAGCCCGGCAGCACCAGCAAGAGGGCACCUUCAUCCCUGAAUGUGAGGGGGAUGGCACCUAUAAGGCUGUGCAGUGCCACCAAGCAACGGGGUACUGCUGGUGCGUGCGGGUGGACACUGGCCGGCCAGUUCCAGGGACUUCCACAAGAAACUUCCCUCCAGACUGUGACAGCGAUGCAGCAGCCAAAAGCACAGAAAUGGGUUCCCUUUUCCGGGACCGGACGUUGCCAGGUUGCCCGGGUCCUAAGAAAGCAGAGUUCCUCUCCAACCUGAUCAAAGCUUUGGCUACUGACAUGCUACAGUCGCGCAUGAUGCCUGUCCCAUAUCGCAGAUUUUCGGACAGCAUGGUGGCGCCCAGCUUGGAGGAGCGGGCGGUGCGUUGGCAGUUUGUGCGCCUGGACAAGGACUUCAGCAACAGCAUCAGCGAGCGGGAGUUGCGUCCCCUGAAGCUGUACAUGAAGAAGAACACCCGGCCCAAACGCUGCGUCCGCAAGUUCUUGGACUACUGCGACCUGAAUGAGAACAAGCUCAUCUCCCUCCAUGAGCUCAAAGGCUGCUUGGGGCUGAGUUAACCCCCACGGCCUUCAAUGGGGGACAAAUAUUGGAUUGCUCUCCCUCCAGAGCCCCAGGGAUGCUCUCUCUUUCUCUGAGCAUUGCAUUCCCAUCUCUGGUUGCAGACUCUUUGCACUUUAAAGAGACGGACUGGACCUUCUGCCAAGAAGAUGGACAACAGUUUGGAAAUUGGCGAUGAUCAUCAUCGGUGGAAGAGGGCGAAACACCCGCGGAUGCCAGUCUUCCUUCAGUCGUAUCCCCCUUGGCUUUCAUUUAGAUAACAAAGACCUGCAGGAACAGCCUAUCUUCAUAAACGGUUUUGGAUAAAAGUAAUAAUAAUAAUAACGACACUGUAACCUUUGCUUUUUUUUAAGGUGUCAUUUUCAAAGGGGAAAAAUAUGAAUGUAAAGGACAGCCCUUUCGAGGGUUGUCAUCAUUGUCGUUGUUGUUAAAGUAGCAUUAGUCUUUUCAGUCGCUGCCUCUGCGUACAAAAACAAGUUGAGCUGUAAAGCAAAUUGUACUCUUGUUUAUUUGAAUCAAUAAAUUAUAGAUGUACAAGGGUA